AUGACUUCCAAAGGAGUUUCGCUCCUGAAGUUCGUGGGAACCGUUUCCCUCGGCCUUCUGACUGGCCUUUCCUACUCUCUCUCGACCGUCACGAUCCCGUCGAUCCUCUCCCUCCCCUCCUCAUCAGACGCCCUCCGCACCUUCCAGAACCUCUACCCGACCGCCACGAACCGGCUGCGCGUGCUGACCGGCGUCUCCGCCGCAUCCUUCCUCGUCGCCUUCUUCCUCUCCCCGCGCGCCUUCCGCCAUCCCUACCUCGUCUACGCUUCCGUCCUCUGCCUGACCUCCGGCCUCGCCGAGCAAAUCACCCCCUAUGUCCUGAAGAGCUCCUGGGAGUCCUCCAAGGAGGGUAUCGCCGCCCGUCGCUGGGUUGCUCGGGAGGCCGCUCGUGAGCGCGAGCGAGAGCGCCAGUCUGCCCGUCUCGCGCGCCAGGAGGCCCGCAUGGAGGCCAGUUACGAGGUCCUCGGCGACAGCCACAGCGACGCCGCGAGCGAGGGAGAGUCGGCUGCGGCGGCUGCUGCUGCAGAGGAGGAGAGGGCUCUGAACGGCGAGGAGGUCCGCGGCGAGGUUGAGAGCUUCAGGAAGACGCAGAUUGUGCAGACCGCCAUCGCUUCGGUCGGCUUCCUGAUGUCUGUUAUCGGAAUUUGGGGCGACGGUGCCAUCCAGGUCUUCCAGACCGAGACUGUCAUUGUUGGUGUAUAA